AUGACUGAAGAAAUACCAACUACCUGCCCUUCGAAUGAACAAAACAUAUCUGAAACAUCAACUAUUUCUUCUUCAAAUGAACAAAAUACACCCGAAACAUCAACCACCUGUUCUGAACAAAAUGUAUCUGAAAUAUCAGCUACCUGCCCUACAAAUGAACAAAACGUACCUGAAACAUCAACUGUCUGUUCUUCAAAAGAACAAAAUAUACCCGAAACAUCAACUACCUGUUCUGAACAAAAUAUACCUGAAACACCAACUGCCUGUCCUGAACAAAAUGUAUCUGAAACAUCAACUAUCUGUUCUGAACAAAAUGUACCUGAUGAAUCAAUCUCUAAGCCCUCCAAGGAAAAAAAAUCGGCCGAAGCUGUUGCUAAUCCUGAUUUUAUCUCUUGGAAAUAUCCGCCUUAUUGUGAACUUUGUAAUCAAAUUUUUACCGGUGAACCAUGUUCAAAAUUACAUUUUGAUGGUAAAAGUCAUAAGAAUACAUUACAAACAUGGAAAAAAUAUCAAGAUCCACAAUCAUUACCAACAAAUUCUAAAGAUGUUCUUUGUGAAAUAUGUUGGAAAGUAAUGAAUACACAAGCAAUGUUAGAUAUUCAUUUUAAAAGUCCAGCACAUAUAGAAAAAGAAAAAAAAUAUUUAAUUGUACAAAAAUUAAAAGAAGAUUAUAGACAAUUGAAAGAAUUACAAAACAAAAAUUAA